CACAGUCGUAGUUUAUUAAAAAAUUUUCUUGACAAUUUUACAAGCAACACAUUGUAAGACCAUGAACUUUGGAAAAAAUAUAAUAUUGAGUGAUCAAAAACAAUUAUAUUCGAAAAUGAAAAAAUCAUCAGGAUCAUCAAUGGGACCAGACAGUGCAAUGGAUCUUGAAGAUAGAGAUCCAAAUAAUUUAAAUGACCACCUUCAGGUGAAUUUUAAUGAAGUUAUCGGUGAACCAGACAACAUAAGAAGUCCAGAAUGUGCAUGGCGUCUUAGCAGAAGUUGUUUUAAUUUUUCCAAAGGAUGUUGUUAUAUAUCUUUGUCAAUUUUUAUUGCACCAAUUUGUGCAUUAUUUUUUGGUCUUGCAUUUGCAUGCAUGUCAUUUCAGCAUAUUUGGUGUCUUGGACCAUUAUUUAAAAUUUGGAAAAUAUCAUGCAACAGUGUGAGAUCAUUUUUUGUUGUAUUUGCAAAUUCAUUGAUUCGUCCUUGUAUGGAAUCACUUGGUUAUUUUUUUUACAAUAUACGUGUACAAAAUCAAAAAAUUCCAGAUAAUAUUCAUUUUAAAAAUGAAGCAUUUAUUGUUUAAACAUUAUAUUAAAA